GAACGGUCUGCUCCAAUCGACCGUUCCUCCUACAAAACGGUGGCCGAAUUGAUCACGAGGGGAAUUCGUUCCCGGGCUCGAUCCGAUUCCUUCUUCCAACUCCAAACCAACAUACCCUUCCUCGCCGCGGCGCGGGAUCCCCUCCUCCUCCGUACCAAACCCUAGCCCUAGCUGGUUCCCUCGGGUCUCCAUGGCCAGCGAGGAGGCCGCCCGCUCGCACCUCUCCCCGCGCAAGCACCGCCGCUCGCCGCACGACGACGACGACGCGGAGGACGGCGCCUCCUCCCCGAAGCGCCACAAGCGCGGCCACCAUCGCCACCGCCAUAGGGUCUCGCCGGCUGCGGCGGAUCCGGCGGAGGGCGAGGCCGAGGACGGUGAGAUACUAGACCAGGCCACCGCGGCCGUGGGUGUGGGUGUGGGGAGGGGGCUGGAUGCUGAUGCCGGUGAGACGGGCUCAGUGCAAGGUGUUCUACCUGCUCCGGAGCAUGGUGAUAACUCCGAUGCAGACUUGAAUAUACAUGUAAAUGAGUUGCAUACCUCCCAGCUAGCUAGAAACCCAUCUCAAGAGCAUGAUUAUCCAGCAAAGUCAGAUCAUGCUGCUCAUGAAGCCAUUGUGGAAUAUCAUUCUAGAAGAUCUCCUGGCUCAAGAAACCAUAAUGAAGCUCAUUCCAAGGACUGCUUACGAUCCUGUCAUGCUAGCAGAGAAACUGGCUUUCAAACUGAUGGCUCAAGAAACAGUGUGAGGCUUGAUUAUGAACAUGGGAUUGAUGACAGACAUGGUGAGCCGGAUAGGUAUUCAAACAGGAGGUGGGAGACUGAAGAAAGAGGGUGCUAUAAGAAAAGGAAAAAGAGUGGCUGUCACAUUGGUAGGCACACUGACAUCUGUAAUAGCGAGGAAAAACACCUGGACGAGAGAAAACAUGGCAGUUUGGUAGAAAAGAAAGUUGAUUUGCAUGGCCUUGCUUAUCAUGAGAGACGAAGUGGCGAUGGUAGAUUUGAUCAAAAGGCGAGUGCACAUCAUGGGCAUGGAGAAGGUAGGGAGAUGGAUAGAUGGAAUAGUAGCACAAGGAAGAAAGACGAAGAAUGGAGAAAUCGGAAAAAUGAUACGGCUAGGAACAGUUACAAAGAAACAGAUAGAGUUGGCAGUAGAUAUGGAGAGGAGAAACUCAAUGAUAGUAUAGAUAAGAGAGAUAAGAGAGGCUUUAGGGGUAAGGAAAUGGAUGCUUGUUGGUCUAGAGCAGUAAAUGGGAACGAAGGGAGUAUCAGCUACACGCAUGCAAACUAUGGUAUGUCUGGCAUUUACAAAGAUGGAUCAAGCUUUGGUGGGGAUGAUACAAAGGCCAAAUGCAAAAGGAGACCUGAAGAAGAGAAGAAAGAACCUUACAGGGAGGAAGAUGAAGAGAACUACCUGGAGAACAUCGAGGAUCGGAAGCAACAGGAAAAAUCUGCUCAUUACAUUGACAAUAAAGAAAUAAACAAUGAUCCUGCUGCUACAAAACAGAGAUCGAACAAUUUAAGAGCCAAGGAAGAUAUUACAAAUGAUCAUGAAUUAUCAAAUGUAUUUGUCGGUGCAAAAUUCUACAAUGUGAGGAAGUCUCCUACUUUGCCUAAAAUUUCAAUCAGCUUAGGGACAUCAGAUAAUAAAAGGGCGACAAGUGCUUCAGGUCUUCAGGAGGGAAGCUCGAGGAUAUCACAUAAUAAAAGGACGACAAGUGCUUCAGGUCUUCAGGAGGGUAUUCCCAUGAGAGGUAAACAAGUUAUUCUUGGCAACGUUAUUGAUGGAGAACAACCUAUUGAUCGCAAGCUGGGCAAUGAAAACAGUAUGCUUGCCAAGAAAAACACUCUUCAUGACAACUGGGAAGAUGAAGAGGGAUAUUACAUUUAUCAUUUUGGAGAAGUGCUACAGGGCCGUUAUGAAAUUACAGCACGCCGUGGGAAAGGAGUUUUCUCGACUGUUGUUCAUGCGAAGGAUCUUAAAGCUCAAAAGGAUGGAUGUAGAGAAGUAGCUAUCAAAAUUAUAUGCAACAAUAUUGAAAAGUACAGGUCUGGUAAGAGGGAAAUUUCUAUAUUGGAAAAAUUGGGAACUGCAGAUCGUGAAGACAAACAACACUGUGUGCGGAUUAUUUCUAGUUUUAUGCAUCAAAAUCAUCUGUGUUUAGUUCUUGAAUCUCUUCAUAUGAAUCUUCGUGAGGUUAUAAAGAAAUUUGGUCAUGGCACUGGGCUUAAACUGACUGCUGUAAGGGCGUACACAAAGCAUAUUUUUAUCGCGUUGAAGCAUCUAAGACACUGUGGUGUUCUCCACUGUGACAUUAAACCAGACAAUAUACUGGUAAAUAAAGAUAACAAUUUGCUGAAGCUGUGUGACUUCGGUAGUGCUAUGUCUGCUGGAAAUAAUGAGAUCACACCGUAUCUUGUGAGCCGCUUCUACCGGGCACCUGAAAUAAUUCUUGGGUUGCCUUAUGAUCAUCCACUGGAUAUGUGGUCAGCUGGGUGCUGCUUAUCUGAACAAACAGGAAAAAUCUUAUUUGAUGGUUCAACGAACAAUGACAUGCUUCGCCUUCACAUGGAAUUGAAGGGCCCCUUCCCUAAGAAGAUGCUUCGAAAGGGUGCCUUCACAAUGCAACACUUCGACCAGAACUUGAACUUUCUUGCUAGAAAGAAGGAUCCUAUCACGAAAACGGUUGUGAAUAGGUUGCUUUUGAACAUUAAACCAAAGGGUGUUGGUUCUGCAAUUUCAAGCUGCCCCGGCGAUGAUCCAAAAAUGAUUUCCAGCUUCAAAGAUCUCCUGGAAAAAAUAUUUGUGCUAGAUCCAAAGAAGAGGAUUACUGUGCCAGAAGCACUCAGCCAUCCAUUCAUCACUGGCAAGUGAAAUUAGUAUUAUGAUACAUCUAGGUGUUCUUCUUGCGCCUUUUUUUUUAACUUAACCAAAUAGGGAUCUUAUAACCUAAAACUUGUCUAAUCUGUUGGCAUUACUGUCCCUCUGGCGCAGGAGCAGCAAUACCCACAGUACUCUGUUAUGCCACAUACAUAAUAAGAUUGUUCACUUUCGAAUUUUUUUUCUGUUUUAAUAUUUCUUAACUAAUCGUACUGAAUGAAACACAAGGAUGAGAAAUUUCAUA